GUGUCCCAGGGGGUGUCCCAGGGGGUGGUGACUGGCUGAGGUAGAUCAAGGCUGCAUGGCGGAGGUUCCUCAACACGUGAGGAAGUUUGUGUUCCGUUCACCUCACCUUCCCACACAGGACUGCCUGGAGGUGCUCAUCCCUGAGGUAGUAAGUCCCAGCUAUGGCAUGUACACUUGGCCAUGUGCUCCAGUGCUGGCACAGUAUGUCUGGCAUCAUCGUCAUGGUUUUAUCAACCGAACCGUUUUAGAAAUCGGUGCAGGGACUGCACUUCCAGGCAUUGUUGCUGCAAAGUGUGGUGCCCAAGUGAUUCUCUCAGAUUCUGGCCAGUUACCCAAGUGUCUUCGAAAUUGUCAGAUGUCUUGUCAAGCCAAUGGUAUUGCUGGUUCUGUUGCAGUUAUUGGGCUAACAUGGGGACUCUUUACACCAGAACUCUUGCACCUGGGGCCUAUUGACAUUAUCCUUGGUUCAGACUGCUUUUAUGAUCCAGCUGUAUUUGAGGACAUCCUUGUAACAGUGUCAUAUUUACUGGAGCACAACCCAAGGGCCCAAUUUGUAUGCUCAUACCAGGAAAGAGCUUCUGAUUGGUCCCUGGAACACCUUCUUCACAAAUGGAAUUUGUCUUGUAUGCAGUUACCAUUGGCAACUUUUGAUGCUGAUGCAACAAACAUAGCUGAAUCCAAUCUCCCUGGUUCUCACACAAUUCAUGUGUUUCAGAUCACCAGAAGCUCCAGCAGUUGA